AUGGACGCGUUCUUCACCAUCGCCCCCGCCGUUCCGGAGACCUCCGCCGAGGCGCAGCCGCUCGAGGACAUUCUCGUCGAGUGCGACAAGACCGGGACGAGCGGGAACAAGGGCAGCUGCAUCAUUGCUUAA